AUGAACCGGACUAGCUCCCGUCAGUCGGAGAGCUCCAGUAGCCCGUCACUGUCUCGCCGCGGGACACAGGCCGAGACGAUGGGAACGGACAAGAAGACGGCGUGGGGCGUGAUCAAACAGAUGUGGGAAAAGUCCGGCUUGGAUCAACCCACCAUCUUGCUGAUGAUGAAAUAUCAAGCUACUGAUGUUGCAGAUGAAUAUACAACUCUGGGCUAUCUUGUGGCCAUCGUAUCUAUUCUGGGCUUUGCGAUCAUGCCCCGGGCCAAGUUUAUUCAAAUGAUGAUCUUUGACGUGCUAGCCGUGUGCAUUGCUGGGUGCAUUGCGCUUUUGAUGAUGUAUUCCAGCGUCAAGGCUCGCCAGCAUACCAGUACCCCUGGAAACACCCAAUCAUAUAAUUCAUCCGCCUCCGCAGUGAGUGGAGUGUGGCUCUUCUUCCAGAUUUGGCUUGUUCAUACUUUCCGUGCCAAAUAUCCGCAAUUCCAAUUCCCAGUCAUCAUUUAUGCAAUCUUUGCCAACGUCUCCUCCGUGUAUGCGCCCCAGAUGGCGACCAUGGCCGCCGCAAUCGCCAUGGUGGAGAAAAUGCUGCGGACAUUUCUGACGGGAUUGGCUAUUUCAACAGCUGUCUCCCUGUUCAUCCUGCCCAUGACAUCGCGGAAAGCGGUUUUGAAGCAGAUGGCGGGAUACAUUGGCGGGCUGCGUUCGGCUCUGGGUGCACAUGCUGUGUAUUUUGAGACCUUGGAACGAGAUGACAUGUUUGGUAGGGCCGAGACUUAUGAUGACUCGCGCGAGAAAUUUGGGAAGAAAGGCAAGGUAUAUAGUCCAGAGGCGGAAGCCAUUCGUGGUGCGAUUCGACAAAUCACCGAUUUGCAUGCCAAGCUGCAUGUUGAUCUCUCUUUUGCCAAAAGAGAAUUCGCUUUGGGGAAAUUGGGACCGGACGAUCUCCAGAAGAUCUUUCGCCACUUACGCCAAAUCAUGAUUCCUGUUGUGGGCUUGAGCUUUGUUGUCGAUAUUUUCCAGCGACUAUCAGACUAUAAUCGAUGGAAUGCUCCCAUUGACCCCAACAUGGAACCCGUUCCCGAAGAGGUUCGCGAACGUGUUGUGCGGGAUUGGAAUGAUAUUAUGCGCGCAGUCCAUGACCCAUUUGCAGAGAUGAUUCAAACCAUUGACGAAGGGUUGCAGCACACCUCUUAUGUCUUUCAAUUGACCAAACCCCCCAAACGAGCGGCCGCUGUCCCUCCGCCGAACAACGAAUCCGCCGAUGAGCAAAAGGAUAUCGAAGCCUCAGCUGAAAACACUGCGCCUGGUGAAAAGGGAUUUGCAGCGCACUUUGAAAAGAAGUUGGGCAAGUUUCGAAACGCGAAACGCAUCGCUUUGCAAACGUGGGCUGAAGAGAAAGGAAUUACUUUGCCACCUGACUUUUUCGACCAUCCUUCAUCGGUGCAAAGUUUGAAGGGGGACUUCUUCGAUGCUUCCGCUUCGCAUCAAGAUCGAAGCCGACGACAACUAUAUCUUUUCCUCUACAGUUGGCUUAAGGCCGAGGACACCCAUGAAGAUGACAAUAUGGGUGAUUUACAUACCCAAAACAAUCUUUUGGAACUUGGUGAAGCUUAUAAGCACCGGAAAGACCCAGAACAUCUGCCCCCUGAGACUCUGUUCCAGAAGAUUGGGGACAAAGUUCGCAUUUUCCCCUGGUUGCUUCGCUCUUUCGAGUCAACCUAUGGGUUUCGGGUAGCAUGUGCGACCAUGACCAUCGCUGUAGUAGCUUUGUUGCAUGAUACUCAGGACUUUUUCACGAAGCAGCGGCUAGUAUGGGCUAUGAUUAUGGUCAAUCUGAGCAUGUCUCCGACUUCUGGCCAAAGCAUAUUCAGCUUUGUGCUGCGUAUUGCUGGAACCACGAUUGCCAUGGUGGCGAGUCUUCUUGUUUGGUAUAUCCCUGGCCAGAAGACUCCCGGCAUCAUCGUGUUCCUGUUUCUCUUCAUCUCCUGCGCGUUCUACGUGCCUAUCAAGAUCUUUCGUUUCCGAGUCAUCGGUAUCAUCAGCAUUGUUACAACAACCAUGAUCAUUGGCUACGAACUUCAAGUUCGUAAGGUCGGAGAAAAGGUUGCCACAUCCAAUGGGCAGCCCUAUUAUCCUAUCUACCUGCUUGCCCCUUAUCGGCUGGCUACUGUCAGCGGUGGAAUCGCUGUUGCCUUUAUCUGGACAUUCUUUCCUUAUCCCAUCUCGGAACAUUCUGUGCUCCGUCAGAGCCUUGGGGCUUCGCUUUAUCUUCUGGCGAAUUAUUACUCCAUUAUCCAUGAAACCCUUUCGGCCCGCAUGCGUGGUGAUGAAGGAGAUCUCAAUCUCAAAACUUCUGCUGGUCGAAAAUUGGAAAAGGCGCGGCACAAGGUAUUCUCUAAGCAGAUGCUAAUGCUAAAUGGUCUGCGUACAUACUCCGAGUUUCUGCGUUGGGAGGUCCCCAUCGGCGGUCGAUUUCCUAAAAAGCAGUAUGACUCUAUCAUACUCUGUGUGGAAAAGUAUGUUGACUUAAUUCAUCACUCGAAAUUCUAA